AUGGAGUUACUCACUUCCAUCACUCAUUACCUUGUCGUUGGUGCAAUAUUCAUACGUAUUGCAAAAUCCCUGCCAUAUCUUCCGGAGGAAGUGGACUGGAAUCUCAAUCAAAACCAGACUGCGACACACCCCCUCGACUACUCGGGUCGGUGGGAUGGCCACACAUACAACCCCUCGCCAGAGAACUGGCGAUUCCCCUUUUACACGAUCUUCCUCGACAGGUUCGUAAAUGGCGAUCCGAGUAACGAUAAUGCAAAUGGCACACAGUGGGAACACAUCCUGACCUCCAAUGAGUUCCGCCAUGGAGGCGACGUUCUUGGGUUGGUUGACACUUUUGAUUAUCUUCAGGGGAUGGGAAUCAAGGGCGUCUAUCUCGCCGGAACACCAUAUAUCAACUUCCCCUGGGCAGCAGAUGGAUACUCCCCGCUUGACCUGACCCUGCUAGACCAUCACUUUGGUACAAUCGAGGACUGGCGCACAAUGAUAUCCGAGGCGCAUCGGCGGGGGAUUUACGUUCUUUUUGAUAAUACAUUUGCAACAAUGGGGGAUCUUGUUGGUUUCCAGGGUUUCUUGAACAAGUCCGCGCCGAUGAAUCCGAACGAGUACGACUAUGUAUGGAAAUACGACCGUCGAUACUGGGACUUCCAGCCUGGAAAUGAAGUUGAGAGUGAAUGUCCCUGGGAGUAUCCUCGGUUCUGGGAUGAUGAUGGGACCGGUUUGACCACUACAACACUUGGUCCUUCAUGUCGGAAUAGUGAAUUUGAUCAGUAUGGAGAAAUUGCCGCCUUCGGAAACUACACUGAGUGGGAAGGGCAGAUCUCGAAAUUCGCAUUUGUGCAGGAUCGUCUACGCGGAUGGCGACCGGACGUGCUAGCCAAGAUAAAACACUUUUCGUGCCUAGCCAUCGCCAUGCUUGAUAUCGAUGGAGUCCGCGUUGAUAAGGCUCUACAAGUCACGCUUGACUCUCUUGGAGAAUGGUCCGAAUAUAUGCGGGAUUGCGCGAGGGAGGUGGGAAAGGACAAUUUCUACAUCCCCGGAGAGAUUGUGGCAGGAAACUCUUUUGGCUCGCUUUAUAUCGGUCGCGGUCACCAGACGAAUCAGACCAUCUCCAAUUUGACGGAAGCUUUUAUGAUGACAAAUAAGACAGACAAGUCAGAUGAGGAUCUCUUCUUGAGACCUGCGGAGAGGUCCGCGUUGGACGGGGCGGCCUUCCACUACACGUUGUAUCGUGCUCUGAGUCGGUUUCUGGGUCUAGACGGCAUCUACACUGCCGAAGGUGACCCGCCAGUCAACUUUGUGGAGACUUGGAAUGGUCUUGUGGAGACCAACGAUAUGGUCAACACAAACACCGGUAAAUUUGACCCUCGUCACCUGUUUGGUGUCACGAACCAGGACGUUUUCAGGUGGCCAGGGAUCAAAAACGGCACCCAAAAGCAGAAUCUGGGUCUGUACGUCGCUUCGUUGCUCAUGCCUGGGAUUCCCAUCCUCUCCUGGGGCGAGGAACAGGAUUUCUACGUACUGGACAACCAGGCUGAUAACUAUGUCUUCGGUCGCGGACCAAUGUCAUCUGCUCAGGCAUGGCAGCUGCACGGAUGCUACAAGCUGGGGUCAUCGAAAUACGUCGAUUUCCCGCUCGAUCGCUCCCUGACCGGAUGUGCGGAUGAUUCCGUCAGUCUCGAUCACCGGGAUCCCUCUCACCCAGUCCGAGGUCUCAUUAAGAUGAUGUUUGAGAUGCGUCAAAACUAUCCUACUCUCAAUGAUGGCUGGUACCUGCAACAAUUGUCUAACCAGACCUUCGACAUCUACCUUCCAGGCAGUGAUGGCACACCGACCGAGACUGGCAUUUGGAGUGUCAUGAGAUCGCGCUUUGCGGAUGCGCAAAAUUUCGAUGGCCAAGGCCAAGGAAAUCAGAGCGUCUGGAUGGUGUAUUCUAAUAAUAACAAAACAGUUGAACACCAAUUCAACUGCAGCAGUAAAGAAGCUCUGAUCUCGCCAUUUCCCACGGGAACAACAGUCAAAAAUCUGUUCCCACCGUUCGAAGAAUUCACGCUGGCUAAUAGCUCGACUAUUCUUGGGUUCGAUGGAUCUGACGUUCCUAACGGCUGUUAUCCAAACCUUACCAUGCCGGCCUGGGGAUUCAAAGCUUUUGUUCCGAAAGGCAAAUUUGUACAGCCUUCACCAUACAUAACACGCUUCUCUCCCGGACAUGACGCCCGACUCGUGCCCCAGGGAACAAGCGGGGAGACGGUGCGAAUUGGCUUCGAAUUCUCCCAAGAAAUGGAUUGCGGGGAUAUCACCAACUCGCUGACGAUCACAUCUAAAGCGCUUGACGACAAGAGCCCGCAGCUUGACACGACAUCGGUAUCCUGUAAAUCAAUUGAAGAGACUGAUGUUGUCACAUGGCCGGGAGCACUCACUAGCGUUUUCAGCUAUGAGAUAGAUUUGGGCAAUGUCUUUCCGGGGGUUCACAGAGUGACACUUAGCAAUGUGACCACAGCUGAUGGAAAUCGAUCCACCGGGUCGGUCGACCACUUUCUUUUCCGUAUCGGAGAGAUUAACAACCCGAUAGUGUGGCCGCAGUUGGCCAACUACAGUAGAACACUACUGUUCGACGACCCGUCGUCUGUGACCGAGCCUCUAUCAGUAAUGCCACAGGCUCCUGGUGCAGACAUGUGGCGAUACUCGCUGGACUUUGGAGCUACAUUCAGUGCCUGGAUGACAUAUACCGGCUUCAACACAUCGAUCCCCGGCAAGAACUGGACCGGCACUGCGAAGCAGGCCUGGGAUGGAGAACACAUCCUUGCCCAAUACUGGAGCAAGUUGACUGGAAGUAGUGCUCACUGGCAACAUGGAGACACGCAAUGGGCAUACAAGCCCCCGCGUCGAUUCCCAAACCUUUUCAUCGAAGGCGAGUUCAACCAAUUUGGAUAUGACGCUGGCUAUUCCAACCAAAUGGCGCUCAGCAAUGUCACUGGUCUGUGGGAAAUUCACUUCAUGGGCGAAUGGCCCGUGCAGGUUGCAUUCAACGCCUGGGGAUUAAAUAAAGAUGGCCUGCCCGAUCAAACCCAGGUAUUUGGAGACAUCGAUGGAGAUAAUGUCCUGGAUCAGGUCCCCCACAAUGUCUUCAACGUCACCAUCCCACCCCCUUCGCCUUAUCUUUCCUUCAAGCUGUCCGUCGGUGACAGUAAUCUCAAGGUCUACGCUACACCGACAGGGUCCAGGUGGGUUCAGCUGGCCAUCUUUAUCGUUCUAGCGAUUGUGCCUGUCGCCACCGCUGUGGGUGCGGUUUUUAUUUACCUGAAGGCCUUUUACCAGGUCAAGUUCAACCAAAUAGGUGUCACCGAGAAAAGAUCAAGCUUUGCUCCACUCGUGGGCGUCUUUCAAAAGGUGGCUCAUCGGUCUAAUGACAGGGAGCCCAAUCCCGGACUUGCUCUCACCGAUGUGGGCCCAUUCUCAACUGAAAGUGCAGGCGUCGUCGGUGCCACGGUAAACACUCCCCGACGAACGGUGCUCAUUGCAACCAUGGAAUACGACAUUGAGGAUUGGGGUAUCAAGAUCAAGAUCGGUGGUCUUGGUGUAAUGGCCCAGCUGAUGGGGAAAAACCUGACCCAGCAGGACCUCAUAUGGGUAGUCCCUUGUGUCGGAGGAGUUGACUACCCUAAGGACGAGCCCGGUGAGCCGAUGGUUAUCACCGUUCUUGGAAAUAACUACCAAGUGGAUGUUCAGUAUCAUCGGCUGCAAAACAUCACGUACGUCUUGUUGGACGCUCCUGUGUUCCGGGCUCAGUCUAAAUCAGAGCCGUACCCUGCCCGUAUGGAUGACCUGGAUUCAGCUAUAUUCUAUUCUACUUGGAAUCAAUGUAUCGCUGAAGCUGUCAGGAGAUUUCCGGCUAUCGACCUCUAUCAUAUCAAUGAUUACCAUGGCGCCGCUGCGCCCCUCUAUCUUCUACCUCGCACGAUUCCAUGCUGUCUGUCUUUACACAAUGCUGAAUUCCAAGGACUCUGGCCAAUGCAAACCCCACACCAAAGUCAAGAGGUUUGCAGUGUCUAUAACCUUGACCAUGCAUUGGUGAAGAAGUAUGUACAAUUCGGUGAGGUUUUUAACCUUCUUCAUGCAGCUGCCAGCUAUCUGAAAAUCCACCAGAACGGAUUUGGCGCUGUUGGUGUCUCCAAGAAGUAUGGCAAGAGAUCGUAUGCCAGAUAUCCUAUUUUCUGGGGCCUUAAGAAUAUUGGAGCGCUGCCCAAUCCUGAUCCAUCUGACAUUGCCGACUUGGAUCACACCGUAAACAGCAAUCUCCAAGAAGUGAUCAUCGACGCAGAGUUUGAAGCUAGUCGUGCCACGCUCAAGAAACAAGCGCAAGAAUGGGCGGGGCUCAAAGUUGACCCGGAGGCCCAACUGUUUGUUUUUGUCGGUCGUUGGUCGAUGCAAAAGGGCAUUGAUCUGAUUGCAGACAUCUUCCCGUCCAUUCUAGACGCUCACCCGAAGGUCCAGUUGAUAUGCAUUGGUCCAGUCAUCGAUCUCUAUGGAAGGUUUGCCGCAUUGAAACUGAAUCGACUCACAGAACUUUACGCUGGGCGUGUUUAUUCUAAGCCUGAGUUCACUGCACUACCACCCUUCAUUUUUAGUGGCGCUGAAUUUGCGUUAAUCCCUUCGCGUGAUGAACCGUUCGGCCUGGUGGCUGUGGAAUUCGGGCGGAAAGGAGCGUUGGGUGUGGGAUCACGUGUUGGUGGCCUUGGGCAGAUGCCAGGAUGGUGGUACACAAUUGAAUCUAUGACAACAAAACAUCUCAUCCAACAGUUCAAGAUGGCCAUCAAUGACGCACUGAAAUCGUCUCAAGAGACACGAGCACUCAUGCGUGCACGAUCCGGCAAGCAGCGCUUCCCCGUAGCACAGUGGGUUGAGGAUCUGGAAAUCUUACAAACUACCUCAAUCGAAAAACACGCAAAGUACUCCAAACGCCACGAUCGCAAUUCAUGGAGGAUUUCCCGUGGCAGCACUCUGGUCCCAGAAAAUAUUCGCACAGUCUCGUCUAGCUCAAACAACAGCCGCGAACAUAGCCGAUCACGCAGCUCCACCGGAUCUGUCCCGCCGAGCAGCCCCAUUACGGCUGAUAUUAGGCCGCCUGGACCUCGACCAGGCCAUGACCACGUCUUCUCGCCGACAAAUCUGUCUUUUAGCCUUAACAUGUCUGAUAAUGAAGCCGAUCCUGACACCGACCCAAGAAACAGACCCUUACCCGCCAACCCUCUGGCAGACUCGCGAAUCGUUUACUCCACAGUGAGCGAUGGAGAAGAUCUGGAGCCUAUAUCUGGGGGCAUCCAAGAAGACGGAACUCUUCGUCUAUCGCCAUUUGGGACCCCUAGUGCCUAUUUUGCUCGAUCCGGUGCCAGUACACCAGUUCCCAGUGCGGGAUCAGAAGAUGGUCUCAUGGGUCGAAGAGAUGCAAGGGCGUCCAUGAUGAGUCUGGUCAGUGUCGAUGAUAUAACAAAGGAGAAACAGCCCUACAACCUCCAGAAAGUUGAUCCAUUUUUCACGGACGCGAAUAACGAGUAUGCGGAUAAGUUUGAGAAAAGGCUUGCGGACUUGAAUGGCAAGAACUCCGAAGACCAGCUCUGCAUCGAGGAGUUUCUCGAGAAGAGUGAAAAAGACUGGUUCAAUCGAUACCGCGAUGUCAAACUGGGCAAGUCCCCCUUGCCGUCUCCCGCUCCAUCUGUCUUUCGCUUCAAGGUUCAUGAAACUAGUCGAUCGGAGACCCCGCCAAUUACUGGUCCAGGUGCAGGUCCAAAUGCCGGGCAGUUCCUUCUCCCAGAUGACUAUGUCGCCCCCACUGGGUUGAAACGUUUCAUGUUGAUGAAGCUGGGUGAUUGGCCUGUGUACUCGAUCUUCCUCGCUAUUGGCCAAAUUCUCGCUUUGAAUUCGUACCAGAUCACACUACUUAAUGGUGAAGUUGGACAGACGGCCGAAAAGCUAUACAUUCUGGCAUCCAUCUAUCUUGCCUCUUCAAUCAUAUGGUGGAUGGUCUUCCGGCUAGUCCCCUCAGUCUAUGUGCUGACGAUUCCUUUCCUUAUAUACGGGUUUGCCUUUCUGUUUGUCGGCCUUGCCGGUCCCAUCCACAACAGCACAAGUCAGACAUGGCUACAAAAUGUGGGAACUGGCUUGUAUUCUUUUGCAUCUUCGAGUGGCUCGAUUUUCUUUGCCCUCAACUUUGGAGAUGAAGGUGGAGCACCUCUGAGGUCUUGGAUUUAUAGAGCCACCGUCAUCCAAGGCACUCAGCAGCUGUUCAUUAGUUUCCUCUGGUACUGGGGUAGCUGGAUGGCAACUCUCAAUCAAAAGGGUAGCACGCAAUUCAGCCUUGCGAUGACCGAUCCAGGCGCUUUGCUCGGGAUCGGACUCGGACUCGCCUGUCUUCUGUGGCUGUUGGGAGCCCUGGUCUUCUUUGGACUUCCUGCAUAUUAUAGGCAAGCGCCAGGUCAAGUGCCGACAUUCUACUUAUCGCUCUUCCGCCGUCGCAUCAUUCUUUGGUUUUUCUACAUGGUGUUCAUAUCAAACUACUGGCUAUCGGCACCGUACGGACGAAACUGGCUGUAUCUCUGGUCCAGCAAGCACGCACAGGUGUGGCAAAUUGUCCUCCUUGUCCUAUUCUUUUUCAUUGUUGUCUGGGCGGCAGCUCUCUGGGUUUUCCACGUCUUUUCCAAGAGACACGCCUGGUUCAUCCCUAUCUUUGCCGUCGGUCUUGGUGCUCCCCGAUGGGCUCAGAUCCUGUGGGCAACCUCCAACAUAGGCACAUACAUCCCCUGGGCCGGUGGUCCUGUCGCCGGGGCUCUCCUUGGUAGAUCACUAUGGCUCUGGCUAGGGGUUCUAGAUUCCCUUCAGGGUGUCGGGUUUGGAAUGAUCCUCCUCCACACAAUGACCCGAUUCCAUGUCACCUUCACUCUCCUAGCCGCGCAAGUGGUCGGUUCUAUCGCCACCAUCCUCGCCCGCGCGACAGCACCGGAUAAGUUAGGCCCUGGUGAUGUAUUCCCUGAUUUCUCCGCUGGCAUUGCUGCCGGUUUAGGAAAGGCAGAUUUCUGGGUAUGUCUGCUCUUCAUGGUAUCGAUCAAUGUGCUCUGCAUCUUCUUCUUCCGCAAGGAACAACUCUCGAAACCAUGA